AUGUGUGGAUCAGAUAAAAUACUGGGGGAAAUUCGUGCCCUCAUACUCGUUGGUGGUUAUGGAACUCGUUUACGGCCCUUGACUUUAAGCAGGCCAAAGCCACUUGUGGAGUUUGCAAACAAACCAAUACUUAUGCAUCAAAUUGAAGCUCUUGUGGAAGCGGGAGUAACACAAGUUAUUUUAGCUGUUUCAUACAGAGCAGAUGAUAUGGAAAAGGAAUUGAAGGAGCAAGUAUCAAAAUUAGGCGUAUCACUAACAUUCUCUCAUGAGACUGAACCUCUAGGAACAGCAGGCCCUUUAGCAUUAGCUAGAGAAUUGCUUAAUACAAACUCUGAGCCAUUUUUUGUGUUAAACUCUGAUGUUAUUUGUGAUUUUCCUUUUAAAGAACUUGCUAAAUAUCACAAAAGUCAUGGAAAGGAAGGUACUAUAGUAGUAACCAAAGUAGAAGAGCCAAGUAAAUAUGGUGUUGUAGUUUACAAAGAAAAUGGUCAAAUUGAAAGUUUUGUUGAAAAGCCCCAGGAAUUUAUUUCAAACAAAAUUAAUGCUGGCAUGUACAUACUAAAUCCUUCAGUACUAAAUAGAAUUGAGCUCCGCCCAAUGUCUAUAGAAAAAGAAGUUUUCCCAUUUAUGGCACAAGAUGGACAGUUGUAUGCAAUGGAUCUGCAAGGUUUCUGGAUGGAUGUAGGACAACCUAAAGACUUCCUAACAGGAAUGUGUCUAUAUCUAAACAGUUUACGACAGAAGAAUUCUGAUAAAUUACACGACGGCACCGGUGUAGUAGGCAAUGUUUUAAUAGAUCCGACAGCAAAAAUCGGUAAAGGAUGUCGCAUUGGACCCAAUGUUACCAUUGGUCCUGAUGUUGUUAUUGAGGAUGGUGCAUGCAUAAAGCGCAGUACCAUUCUGCGUGGUGCUUGUGUGCGCCAACAUGCGUGGUUGGACGGCUGCAUUGUUGGCUGGAGGUCUGUGGUAGGAAGAUGGGUGCGAAUGGAAAAUUGUACAGUCCUUGGUGAAGAUGUCAUUGUUAAAGACGAGCUCUAUGUCAAUGGGGGCCAGGUGCUACCCCACAAGUCUAUAGCCUUGUCUGUCCCAGAACCACAGAUUAUAAUGUGA